AUGGAAUACCUGCAGAACAUUCAGAAGCCGUCCAUCGAUCGGCCUUUUGGCAUCGAGCUAUGGCCGAUCUUCGACAAGGCCUACGAGGCCGUCAUGGGCUACCCUGCCAGCGAAUUCAAGUUCGUUGAGGGUGAGACGCCCAUGUCGACGUUCAAGGAGACCGCCAUCAUGCUCGUUGUCUACUACGUGACCAUCUUCGGCGGUCGCGAGAUCAUGAAGAACCGCCCGGCCUUCAAGCUCAACACCCUGUUCAUGAUCCACAACUUCAUCCUGACCACCGUCAGCGCGAUCCUGUUGGCGCUCUUCGUUGAACAGCUUCUGCCCACCCUCUGGAACCACGGCGUUUUCUACGCCAUCUGCGACCACCGCGGUGGAUGGACACAGCCUCUGAUUAUCCUGUACUAUCUCAACUACCUGAACAAGUACCUCGAAUUCAUCGACACCGUCUUUCUGUUCCUCAAGAAGAAGCCUCUGACCUUCCUCCACACCUACCACCACGGCGCCACCGCUCUCCUCUGCUACACUCAGUUGAUUGGUUUGACUGCUGUCCAAUGGGUUCCCAUCACCAUUAACCUUCUGGUCCACGUUGUCAUGUACUGGUACUACUUCCAGAGUGCUCGCGGUAUCCGCAUCUGGUGGAAGAAGUACAUUACCGUCCUUCAGAUCGUUCAGUUUGUUAUUGACCUUGUUUUUGUCUACUUCGCCUCCUACACCUACUUCUCGUCGACUUACUUCCCCUGGGCUCCCAACAUGGGCAACUGCGCCGGAGAAGAAUUCGCUGCUUUCGCUGGAAUGGGCAUCCUGACCUCCUACCUCGUCCUCUUCAUCUCGUUCUACAUCGUCACCUACAACAAGGCUGCCAAGACCGGCCGUCCCCGCCGCAACACUGGCAAGCAGGCUGUCAUUGACAUGGCGCGGUAUGAGGUCGCUCCUGCUUCUCCUUCCAGCGAGAAGAAGACCAACGGGUCCGCCGUUUCCACUGGCCGCUCUAACGGCCCCGUCACCCGCUCUCGCAAGGCGUAA